AUGGAGGAUGAGGCGGCUGAGGAGCAGCAGCAAUUUUCUUACCAACAGAGACUAAAGGCAGCAGUCCACUACACCGUUGGUCGUCUUUGUGAGGAGGUGGCAUUAGACAAAGAUAUGCAGUUCAGCAAACCAACCAUUGCAGCGAUUUCGGAGGUGACCUUUCGGCAGUGUGAAAAUUUUGCGAAAGACCUCGAAAUGUUUGCCAGACAUGCAAAAAGAAGUACAAUUAACACCGAGGAUGUGAAGCUCUUAGCAAGGAGGAGCAGUUCGCUGCUAAAAUACAUCACAGAGAAAAAUGAAGAGAUUGCUCAGUUUAACCUAGAACAAAAAGCAAAGAAGAAAAAGAAGGCUGAGAAUGGAAACAGAGAUUUGAGGGAGCUGGCAGAGGCAGAAGUGGAGAAAAGUGACAAUUAG